AUGAUGCUGCGUGUGCAACAGGCGUUUCGCGCACUGGCUCACCCCGGGCUGCGCCCCAUAUCCGAUUUUCCACUCGAGACCCAUGAAAAGCAAGCCGCGGCACUUCCGCUGCUCUACAGCACUGACGAGGCGCUCGACAUCCUGGAGAAGAAGGUCAGCAGCAUGGAGGACUUUGAUGCGCGCUUCCCGGGUUUCGGGGGCUACAUGCCCUGGUUCUGCUCUCGUGGCAUCAAUGAUGCGGGGGUCUGCAAGAGCACCACGGACCCUGGAACCAGCAGGAUGAUGCCCUUGCCUGGCUGGGAGAGGAGCCUGCCAGGCCUGGACAACGGCCAGCUUGCCUUUGGCACCGCCGCAGUGGUCUGUCGGUUUGCCCAGAUGGCCCGGCGCUGGAACGGCCGCCUGGAGCGGAUGAAGGUGGAGAGGGCAUCGGUUGUGAACCUUUUCUACGAUGGAGCCGGUCUGGUUGCAAGGAAUGCCUCCAAUGCUCACAACCAGAACCAAAUGGUUCUUUGGGAUGCUUUCGAAGGGGAGAUGUGGGUUGUGAUCUUCAUGGACAUCUUCGGCAAUUGGAGCAAGUACCCAAACAACGGUGAGGAGCUGCGGGCCGAGGAGAAGAAGCUGAUGUGGAAGAUCAAGGCAGAACAUGUGGAGCCUGUUGUUUACACAGCCGCCGACAAUUCGAAGAUGGUUCUGCAGAAAGGAUUUUGGUUCUCAGCGCAUGAACAGUGGAAGACCUUACAGCUUCCUUACAUGGACAUCCCGCUGGUCAGGCACCUUUUCACGAACGGCGAGUUCGCACGCUUGGAGAAUUCAUUGCAACAGCAGCUGCCUGGCUUAAUGGCUUCGGUGAACGCGCCCCAUGGUGUGCAGUGCGACGCCCAUCCGUACUGCAGUGCCGUGGGCAUACAGGCGCUAGCGGAGCAGCCAAUUUUUACAGAGACAGUCCUUACCCCCUAUGCUUCUUUCCCUUCGAUCUUGGUGGAUUCAGCCGCUGGACUUGCGUGGUAUAACCACAUGCUGGCCAUGCCGCGGGUGCAAACACCUGUUGGCAGCAUUGAGUCCUUCACCAACACUGGCAAGGCAGUCGCACCCAUGGCGACCUGGGAUGCCAAAGCUACCACCGUCGUAGCCAUGCUUGGCGGAACCGGACCUCUCCUGCGCACCUACAUGCAAGAGCAUGGAGUCUAUGGCGUCUUUGAAGAUCGUGUCAAGUCCAUGUAUGGGCCGAUCUUCGAGCCGGUAAUUGCCUCCGUGAUGCCGAGUAAGGCUUCAGUCGAUGCGCAAAUCGCGCAGCUCCCAAAGCUGCCGCUGCCGGCACCCCAUCCUGCUCGACGCAAGGAUGCUCUGCCGGCCGACUUUCCGAGCUGCCGUUGCCGCUCGGAUGAUGGGCUCAAGAGCAGGAGCAGCAGCAUGAAGGAGCAGGAGCAGCAGGAGGAGGUGCUGCAGGUUUGUGAUGAGCUUGGCAUCGAGACAGCACCCGCCGAGGUUGCCGCAGGCAUGUUCAUCGUACCGAUGCAGUCCUGGUACUCCAGAGAUUUCAUCUCCAAAGCAUUGCGCCAGCAGCAUGCAUCAGCGACGGACGCGGAUGCCAAGGUGACCAUCGAUCAGUGGAUCCAAUGGCCUUUUCCUUGUGGCUCUGAUGACGCCUGGAAGUUCUUUAUGAGGAUGAACGAGGCGGCUCUCAGGGCCACCCUUGUGGCGAAGACGGCCUUCGAGCGAUUCUGCGACCAGCCGGCCCAGGUGAUGACUAUGACGCACUUCCUGACGAGACCAGAACUGUCUUUUGAUUGGACAAUUCCGGGGAUUUGGGACCACAUCGGCUGUGAAGGACUGGACGAGCAGAUUCGAACGAUCGGAUCGGAUGUCCACGUCUACGGCCGUGCCUGCACCGGCCCGCAGGUUCAGGAGAUCGAUGGCUUGAGCUAUGUCCAUAACUACAUAGGCUCAACCGAAAAGCACCGUCCUGGAAUGGCACCCUUUUGCAUCUUCGACCGUGGGGAGAUCCUUCCCACCACGCAGCCGUCGCAAGCCAACGGCUUCAAUUUCCAGCCCAGUGCGCGCCCGCAGGAUCCUGCGCCGCGAAGGGCCUUCGGCGGAGGCUGA